UUGACUUUGCCUCAUGAUGUCGUUCAGCAGAAACACACAGAGCCAAAAACAGCAGCUGUCAUGGCUGCAUAUAUCUUGGGACUAGACGUGGGAACCACCUCGAUUAAAGCGGUUUUAUUAGACAGUGAAUCCAGAUCUGUGGCUGCGAGUCACUCGAUACCAACCACGUCUGAUAUAAGCGACAGUAGCGGGAUAAAGGCCAAAGAACAGGAUACUGUCCGUAUCAUAGACACUCUGAACCGGUGCGUCGGCCUGCUGCCCAGAGACAAACUGCAGCAUGUCCGCAGCAUCGGGCUGUCUGGACAGAUGCACGGGGUUUUAUUCUGGAAAGCAAAGAGCGGUUGUGACUGGUCCAACGGAGACUUCUUCACAGCUAGAGAUGCCAGUCAGCUGAUCACCUGGCAGGACGGACGCUGCAGCAGUAGCUUCCUGUCCUCUCUGCCACAACCAGACUCACAUCUCAGCAUAGCCACGGGGUUUGGCUGUGCAACAAUCCUCUGGUACAUGAAACACAGGCCCAAGUUCCUUGAGGACUUCACAGCUGCAGGUACCAUCCAGGACUAUGUGGUGUCCAUGUUGUGUGGUCUGGACAGAUGUGUGAUGACGCCUCAGAAUGCAGCCAGCUGGGGCUUCUUCAACACCUCCUCCAACCAGUGGAAUACAGACAUUCUGAAGGGUACCGGCUUCCCUUUGCACCUGCUACCUCAGUGUGUGCCAUCUGGUGGCUUGGCGGGAAAGACGUGCUCUGACUGGCACGGCAUCCCUGCUGGUACGCCAGUAGGGGCCGCCAUGGGAGACUUCCAGUGCUCUGUCUACUCCUGCAUGAGUGCGCGGACAGAUGCAGUCCUUAACAUCAGCACCUCAGCCCAGCUGACCUACGCCAUGCCAGCUGACUUCAAACCUCCAGACUCUCCUCAGCCUGCCUCCUCCAUCUCCUUCUUCCCGUACUUCGACUCCUCUUACCUGGCAGUGGCAGCGUCACUCAACGGAGGGAAUGUGCUGGCCACUUUUGUGGAGAUGCUCACUGCCUGGAUGAAAGAGCUUGGUGCAGAGCUGAAUGAGCUGUGCCUAUAUGAGAAGCUGAUUUGUAGCGCUCUGAACCAGGAAACAAGUGACCUGAGGGUGAGUCCUACCAUCCUGGGAGAGAGACACAACCCUCUCUGCCUGGGUCAGGUGACCGACAUCUCCGCCUCCAAUCUGUCUCUGGGUCACGUGACCAGGGCACUGUGCCACGGAGUCCUGGACAACAUCACCUCCAUGAUGCCUGCUGAGCGUCUGCAGCAGGCCGGGGUCAGCAGGAUCGUAGGCAGUGGGAGCGCCCUCGCUCGCAAUGAGGUGCUCAGGCAGGAAGUGGAGAGGGCGUUUCCUCAGCCGGUGGUUUACGGACAGAACGCGGACUCUGCUGUCGGUGUGGCGAUGGUCCUCUGUGACAGACUUUGAAUCAGACUCGUAAUCCACAGGGGAAUUCCUGAUUGUUUACAUGAUUAUAACUGAUAAUUUUGCACAUUUCAAUAAAAUACACAGAUGUUAAAAA